ACGAAAUGAGUUCUGAGCUUGGACACUGAUGUAAGCCUAGGUCACUUUUCAAUCACACCGAGGACAGGCAUUGAGUUAGCACCCGACUCGACACAUUUCUGCAAAUAUGAGCGACAGCAUUGACUUGGACCUGUGCUACCAGACUCUUUUGGAACUGGUGAAACAAGCUGAAGAGCUGAUUCGCAACGGCAUUAAUUCUGCCAAAGAGAUACACCUCAAAAGCUGUGAAGUGGACCUUGUCACGGAAACUGACCAACAGGUCGAAAAACUUCUAAUUAAUGGACUGAAGGAAAAAUUCCCUAACCACCAGUUCAUUGGAGAGGAAUCAACAGCAGACGGACAGAAGAAUGAGUUGACUGAAGCCCCAACGUGGAUCAUCGAUCCUGUAGAUGGCACCAUGAACUUUGUCCAUUCCUUUCCGCACGUUUGCAUUUCAAUUGCUCUGCUGAUUAACAAAGUGCCUGAGAUUGCAAUCAUCACUAACCCAGUAUUGGGCCAAUUUUUCGAAGCCCGCAAAGGACAAGGGGCUCUUCUCAACGGAAACAAGAUCCACGUGUCCUCCGUGAAUGAGCUCUCUAAGGCUUUGCUGAGUCUCGAGGUCGGAACUAGCAGAGACCCAGAAAAAAUGAAGGUUGUACUGAAAAAUGUUAACACUCUUGUCCCCCUUGCCCACGGCAUCCGAGCGCUAGGAUCUGCUGCCUUAAACAUGGCUAUGGUUGCCAUGGGAGCUUCAGAUUCUUAUAUUGAGUUUGGAAUUCAUGCAUGGGAUAUUGCCGCAGGUGACCUGAUUGUACGUGAGGCCGGUGGAGUUGUCAUUGACCCAGCAGGUGGAGAAUUUGACGUAAUGAGCCGGCGCUGCCUGUGUGCAAGCUCCAUGGAACUAGCACAGGAAAUUGUGAAACACAUUGACCAAUACUAUCCAGGGAGAGAUUAACUUAUUGUAAUUUUGUGUGCUCCUCGUAUGAGGGCAAAUUCCGUUAUAAAUAUUCCAAUCUAGUCUUAAAAUUUGCAAGAGUUGGUUUGGUGACUGAUCUAAGAAUAAUCAUGCAAAAAAGACAAUGAUAUGUUAUUUGAAAUAAUAAAACACUUUAUUUUA